GUUUCCUUGGCGACCUCAAGCUCACCUGUUGCAGGUGUGCUGGAUGUCAACAGGACGACUGAGCCUUCUUCACAUCCUUCAUCCCCCCUCUCUGCCCCCUCUCUUCCCAGACCCGUGGCCCCCAGCUGGCCCUUAGACUCUGGUUACCGUAGUAACAGUGGUGGGGGCGGUGCAGUCUCAGCAGAGGACUCGGACUCUGGCGCUCAGGGGAUCCACUUAUUGCUGAGACCUCCUGACCUCCUGUCCCCCAGCCUUCCACCGCCCCUCCCUCCUCACAGCCAGGCUACACUGACCCCCCCUCCCCCGUGGGAACAGGGCCCCUCACUGGAAGAGGCAUGGGGGUCUGGGGACUACCUGGAGACCCUGUCGUUCAUGGUUCCCGAUGGAGAGGAACUGGCACUGGCCACACCGCUGCCCAGUCAGCCCUACGACGACCAGGAUCCUGGUGGGGACUGGGUCUCCUACGACACCGCCUUCCCCACCCGCCCCACCCUGCCCCUCUCCUCACGCCUUUCCCUAUCGCCCUCUUCCUCCACCCCCAGCUUCCACCUGCACACUCGCCCAGCCCACCCGGACGUCUUCCCCACCUGGGACGAGGACUACGACCUGGAGGAGAUGAUGCCCCUGGAACCGACGGAACUGCUGCUGCCGGACAUGAACAGCCUGGAGUACUACACCAACCUGCUGGCCCGGGAGCGGGAGAGGGAGCAGGAGAGGGAGAGGGGGCGGGGCCGGGAGAAACAGGACCAGGAGGUUGUCACCCAGACCAAACCCUCCAUUACUCCCACCACAACGCAGACACACCAUGCUCCUUCGUCCCCCACCCUGACCGUCGGCCCUCCUCCAGGAAUGGAGCCCAAGGCCCCCCCUCCUGGACCCACCCCUCCCCUCACCCUCUCACCCACUCUCACAGGUGAGACAAGGCCACCUGCUCGUCCCACCACCCCCAAAACCCAUUACACCCCUUCCCCUCCUGCUCCCAAACCGAAGGACCCUGCUCCAGGACCAGGAAGAUACUUCCCUCGUCCUCCAUCUAACACCACUGGCCGGGUCCCUCCCCCCCCCCCACUAGGACCACCAACUCGCCCCGAGAGACCAGAGAGGCCUUCAGGGGUCACAGACAAACUACCGAAAGCUCUGCCCACCACGUCCACCACCACCAAGGCUGCCACCACCACCACUGCCCUCAGCACCACCACCCAGAUCACGGCCAUCAGUCUGACCCGGGCGCCGCCCGUCACCACGCCCAGAGUGGCUCAGACCCCGCCCACCCGACAGUACCUGUGCAACGUCACCAAACCGGAGAUGUACCUGGUCCGAGUCGUCAGCUCCAAAGGCUCGUCGGCUGGUUUCAGUCAAGUCCGAGAGCUUCUGAAGAAGGAGUUCAACCGCUCGGUGGAGCUGCAGUUCCUCAGGACUCCCUCCAGCUUUGCUUUCCGUGCCGUUUCGGGACCGCUGAUUUUCACCGCCGUGUCCGUCAUCAACGUCCUGCGCCAGGCGCCGCGCGGCUCCGGCCCCGUCCCCACCGUGGCGCCGCUCUACGUCGUCCCCGACCUCAGGUACCAGAUCCACUCCGUGCUGCAGUUCGUCCCCGCCCACACCGACGUCAGGGUCUGCAACUUCACGGAGCGGGUGGAGAGGGGACUGGCCAUGGCGUACGCGGAGACGCGGCGGCGGUCGCAGGAGGCGGGAAACGUCACCGUGCAGCUGUUGAACGUCACCAUGAGUGCGGCGCGGGCAGCAGUCGGGCAAAAAGUUCCCGUUGACAUCACCUUUGCGAUGCGUGAUGGGCGGGGCUACUUGACAGGGUCAGAGGUCAGCGAACACCUGAGGAAGCUCACGUUGGUGGAGUUUAGCUUCUACGUAGGAUUUCCUGCGCUGCAGAUUGCGGAACCCUUCCACUACCCGGAGCUCAACACAUCCCACCACCUGCGCUCCACCUGGGUUCGAACAGUCCUGCUGGGAGUUCAGGAGCAGCAGGUGGCCGAGAGGAGCUUCAAAGCUCGGCUGGAGAGACGCCUGGCUCUGCUGCUGGAGGAGGGACUGCAGGAGACCAGCAGGAGGCGCUGGAGGAGAGCCACUUCUGUCGGCAACAACAGCCUGCAGGUGGUCCGAGUGUCCAGGCUGUCUGGACCAGAGCGCCCCCUGGAGGUCUUUUACUUUGUGGAGGGUUCAGGAGGUGAGAGGAUCCCGGCGGAGGUGACCGCUGCCACCCUGAACCGCCUGGACCUCCAGAGAGCCGCCAUCGUCCUGGGACACCGAGUCCAGCGGCCGCUAGCGCAACCUGUGGAGACCCUGUCCAUCCCCCCGGCGGAGACCCAGAGCAGCAGCAUCUGGCUGAUUGUGGGCGUGGUUGUCCCCGUCCUACUGGCCGUCUUCAUCAUCAUCAUCCUCUACUGGAAGCUGUGUGGAUCUGAGAAGCUGGAGUUCCAGCCGGACGCCAUCAACACCAUCCAGCAGAGACAGAAGUGGGGGACGGACAGGAGACUGGCUUGUUUCACCCGUCCAGGUUCCUGAGGUUCUCACUGAUGUGUCCUCCGUCUUCAGCUUCAAGCUCCCAGCGUCAAAGGCUUCGACUUUGCUAAGCUGCACCUGGGUCAGCACAGCAAGGACGAUAUCAUGGUGAUCCAGGAGCCCGGCCCGCUGCCCCCGCCCGUCAAGGAGGCCACGCCCUCUGAUGGCGGAGACCUCAACACCCCCAAGUCCAAAGGGUCGUCCACCAAGGUCGCACGGUCCAGCCGCCGCCGAGGAAGACUCAGCCCAUCAGACGGAGACUCGCUCGGAAGCGACCAAUCGAGUGGCAGAGAGUCGGCGGAGGAAAGCACCCGCCCUGUGGCCACGCCCAACGAGGGCAAACAGCACAGGAAGACGCCCAAAAACGGGAGGAACAAGAUGGCGGCGCCGGUGGGCAGCGGUCCAGACGAGCUCCUGUCCUCGUCCUCCAUCUUCGACCACGUGGACCGGCUGUCCCGCGGCUCGUCCGACGGCACCCGGCGCCAGGCCAACAAGGUGCAGCUCAUCGCCAUGCAGCCCAGGCCCAGCCCGCCGCACGCCCCGCCGGAGCCCGGCCCGUCGCUGACCGAGAAGGUCAACACGGAGGUGGCGCUGAGGCAUAAGUCCGAGAUCGAGCAUCACAGGAACAAACUGCGACAGCGCGCCAAGAGGCGGGGCCAGUGCGAGUUCCCUUCCAUGGACGACAUCAUGGACGCCUUCGGAGACGGGCCGGUUCAGAGCGAGGUGGCGCAGAGGCUCUACAGCUCCGCCCACGACCACAUGGACUGCAUCCUGCAGGCCGACGCCGCCUCGCCGCCCACGCCCACCGACUCCAGGAAGAGGGGGAGGCGGUCUCCUCGUGUUCGGCGGACUCAGCCGGGACCCGGAAGUCUUCCUGAUACUGAUAGAGACCGGCUGCUGAUGGAUCAGAACGCCACCUACAGGAAGUACCCCGGACUCAACAACGUGGCCUACAUGUCGGACCCAGAUCUGCCCCCCGAUCACGGCAGCCCCUCCCCAACGGACGAGGUCUUCGAUCCGGCGCCGGCCCCGCCCCCCUACAUGCCCCCCCAGCCCUCCAUCGAGGAAGCCCGGCAGCAGAUGCACUCGCUCCUGGACGACGCCUUCGCCCUGGUGUCGCCGUCCUCGCAGGGCAGCGCCGGGGUCAGCGGGGUAAGCCCCGCCCUGCCAAGCCCCCCCCCUCAGGGCCGGCCCCCGGGCCGGCAGUGGGGCUCUUACCCAGAAGCCCCCUCUCACAGCCCCUUCUCUGCAAGGUAUGCAGAGCUGGGAAUGUCCCCGACCUCAGUGCAGGGUCUCCUCCAGAGGCAGGGUCUGAGCUCCGGUGGCUACAUCUCCACUGGAGACCAGCUGCAGGAGUCUGUUUAUCCCAACAGGGGGCAGUAUGAGGACCCGCCAUCCUCCUCCAGACCCCGUCCUGUAGGGGGCAGCACAGGCGCACAGCUGCACCACCUCACCCAGGUGGGGCUGUCCAGUCAGAUCGGGGUCUACCCCGGGGUGGGGCGCAGCAUGUCUGGGCCCACCGGCUCCAGCUGGAAUCAGCAGCACUCGGACCAGGACCUGUCCAGACCAGGAGCCAGCAGAGAGAGCGUGCUGUCCUUCCCAGAGUUCUCCUCCUCCUCAGUUUUCCAGAUGCCCAGCUCGUCUUUGCGAGACCCGUCAGCUCCGCCGCUCCUGCUGACCUCGCCCACCCCGGAGUACCCCCCGGAGGACGCCUCCCCCUCCGCCCACACCUCCGCAUCGCUCAUCAAGGCCAUCAGGGAGGAGCUCCGGCGUCUGGCCCAGAAACAAGCUGCGGUGACCAGCUACCAGUAGACUGGUCUGGACCUGUUUUUGGACCAGGACCUUUAAAGCUCUCUGAGCCUUUGAGGACAAACUAACUAUUCCAACAGUCUGGACUCUCUGGAGCUAACACACGUCUAAACCCAAAAUAACCCUGGACCACGAUCCAUGUCUGAUCACAAGGACAAUGUCUCCUGAAGACCUCCGGUACUUUACAGGGUCCCGUCUUUCUGUCCGUCCGUCACCGGUCAGUUUGGUUCUUCAUCACUCACAUUUCCACUGAAGUGCUUCCUGGAGUGGAUCACAUGAUGAUCAUCCUUCCUGAACGUCUCUGCAGGGUCGUCCCUUUUGAAUUUUUGGAGAAUCAGUCGGUUCCUGGUCAGCUCCUGGCGGUCUGCAGUGGCUUUGUCCUCCCCUC